CCCAGAGCUAAAUUUUCACGAUUUUAAUCAAAAAACCGUUAAAAUUCAAAAAAUUACCUAAACGCGCACGUGUUGAAAUUUCAAAAAAAUUAUCAGACAUUGAAAAGCUGAAUGGCAUUUUAUCUUUUGUUUUGCCGGCACUAUACACGUUUCUUCUUAUUGUUCACUGAGAAAAAAUAGCAAGCCAUUUUUCAUUUGUAUCUCAUUUGUCUCCUGCCUUUCGAACUGUUUAGACGUAAAGAACCUAUCGAUACCUUAUAAACAUGCCUGAAUACAAGAUCCAAUAUUUCAAUGUCAAGGCCUUAGCCGAACCUUUACGUUUUCUUCUUUCGUACAAGAAUAUUCCAUUUGACGAUGUGAGAAUCCAAAAGGAAGACUGGCCAGCAAUCAAAGACACUAUGCCAAUGGGCCAGAUGCCAAUUCUCGAAAUUGAUGGAAAGAGAGCACAUCAAUCAGUUGCAAUGGCUAGAUAUCUCGCUAAGCAAGUUGGUUUGGUUGGAUCUAACGAUUGGGAAGAUUUAGAAAUCGAUAUGGCUGUCGAUACAAUCAAUGAUUUCCGCAACAAAAUCGGUGCUGUUCAAUAUGAGGCUGACGAAGAAGUACAGAAAAAGAAGCGUACCACAUUAGACAAUGAGAUCAUCCCAUUCUAUUUGGAGAAAUUGGAAGCUUUGGCUAAGGGUGGUCAUUUUGCUUUAGGCAAAUUAACAUGGGCUGAUUUGUAUUUCGUUGGAAUCUUGGACUAUUUGAACUACAUGGCAAAGAAAGAUUUGACUGUAAAUCAUCCAAACUUGAACAAAGUCAAGGAAACAGUUCUAGCUCUUGAAGGGAUCAAAGCUUGGGUCGCUAAGCGCCCACAAACUGAUUUGUAAUUUGCUUUAAUCUUUUGCUUUUCUUACCUGAUAUUGUAUUCGUGUGCAUUUGCAGUGAAAUAAAAUUCUCACUAUUUUUUAAAGUACU